AUGCUUUAAGAAAAAUAAAAUUAUUCUGAUAUUAAUGAAUUUAUAACCUCUAACUUAGCCAACCACCUUAAUCUGAAUUUAAAUUUCUAAAAUAAUAAAUUAGAGGACGAAUUUGCAAUAAAAUUAGCUCUUUCAUUAGCUAAUUGCUCAUAACUAAAGACUUUAACUCUUAAUUUGAAUUAAAAUAAUUUCAGUUAGCAGGGUGCUAUAAAUCUAUGCUCAGCUUUGGUUAAGUGUAAAAAUCUAUCAUCCUUACAUCUAAAUUUAAGAUCAAAUAAAAUUGGCGAAUUGGGAGGUUCUUACAUAGGUUUUAGUUUAGCAAAUUGUUCAAGCAUCAAAAUCUUAAAACUUAACUUAAAGUUAAACAGUAUCGGUAUAUAAGGCACAAUUGGCUUAAGCUAAGCUUUAGAAAACUUUAAAAAUAUAGAAGAAUUAUACCUUGAUCUAGGGUAUAACAAUAAAAUCAAAAAUGAAGGAGUAUUGAGCUUAGGUUCUGCUUUAGCAAAGUGUGACAAUCUUAAAAUUUUAAAGCUUUAACUUGAGUCAAAUAAAAUUAAAAACAAAGGAGUUUCUGGAUUAUGUUAAUCACUCUCUUAAUGCAAAAAGCUACAAAAAUUAGCUCUUCUGCUAGAGUAAAACUAUAUUUAAGAUAAUGGAGCAACUGGCUUAGCUUCAGCUUUAAUUAAAUUUAAGUCAUUAAAGACUUUAAAAAUAAAUCUAAGUUAUAAUUAAAUUGGAGAUUUUGGAGCAUAGAACUUAGGUAUCUCGUUAGCAAAUUGCUCUAAUAUCUCAAAUUUAAAGCUUCUACUUUAAUCUAAUUAACUUGAAAAUGAGGCAGUAAAAAGUAUUGGUAUUGCUAUGAAUGACUGUACAAACUUAAAAAAUUUAUAACUUCACCUCUAUUAGAAUGAAUUUAACUCUGAAGGAUUGUUAUUUAUUAACUCUGCUUUAAAAAAAUGCAUUAAUCUUUAAACAGUCAGUAUAACAUUUAAUAAUAUUGAAUAUCAAACCUGUUAUUUAAUGAAGAUAACUUUAGCAAAGAUAAAAAAAUUAGUAUUAAAAACUUUAAGAUAUCAUAAUUGA